AUGAGUUACGGCAAGAAGGACGAAGACGCCGACCUCGGGCUGGUCAAGGUUGACCGAACUCAAGUCUUCCAAGAAGCACGACUCUUCAACAGCUCUCCUAUCCAGCCUCGACGAUGUCGCAUUCUACUCACAAAGAUCGCUCUCCUGCUUUACACGGGAGAGAAGUUCCCCACCAACGAAGCUACAACCCUCUUCUUCGGUAUCUCGAAGCUCUUCCAGAACAAGGAUGCCAGUCUCCGACAGAUGGUCCACCUUGUUAUCAAGGAGCUUGCCAACUCAGCUGAGGAUAUUAUUAUGGUUACCAGCACGAUUAUGAAGGAUACUGGCGGCAGCACCGACGCUAUCUACCGACCCAAUGCCAUCCGCGCCCUCUGCCGUAUUAUUGAUGCCACGACCGUGCAAUCGAUCGAACGAGUUAUGAAGACCGCAAUUGUCGAUAAGAACCCCUCCGUAUCCUCUGCCGCCCUCGUUUCCUCAUACCACCUCCUUCCCAUCGCCAAGGAUGUUGUCCGACGAUGGCAGAGUGAGACCCAGGAGGCCGCUGCUUCUAGCAAGUCCUCUGGUGGCUUCUCUCUGGGAUUCUCCACCUCAAGCAGCCAAAUUCCCAUGAACCACUCAACCAUGUCGCAAUACCACGCUGUCGGACUCCUAUAUCAGAUGCGCAUGCACGACCGAAUGGCCCUUGUCAAGAUGGUUCAGCAAUUCGGCGCUGCUGGUGCUCUCAAGAACCCCGCUGCUAUCAUCAUGCUGGUUCGACUUGCUGCACAGCUCGCUGAGGAGGAUGCUUCAUUGAGGAAGCCCAUGAUGCAGCUCCUCGACGGCUGGCUGCGACACAAGAGCGAAAUGGUCAACUUUGAGGCUGCCAAGGCUAUCUGCGACAUGCGAGAUGUUACCGAUGCUGAGGUAGCGCAAGCCGUCCACGUUCUUCAGCUGUUCCUCACCUCUCCCCGCGCUGUUACCAAGUUCGCAGCUCUGCGAAUCCUCCACAACUUUGCCAGCUUCAAGCCUACCGCCGUCAACGCCUGCAACCCCGACAUCGAGCUUCUCAUCUCAAACAGCAACCGAUCCAUUGCCACUUUCGCCAUCACCACGCUCCUUAAGACCGGUAACGAGGCCAGUGUCGACAGGUUAAUGAAGCAGAUUUCCACCUUCAUGUCCGAGAUUACCGACGAGUUCAAGAUUACAAUCGUGGAGGCUAUCCGAACCUUGUGCCUCAAGUUUCCCAGCAAGCAGGCUGGUAUGCUCACCUUCCUCAGCGGUAUCCUCCGCGAUGAGGGUGGAUACGAGUUCAAGAGGGCAGUUGUGGAGAGCAUGUUCGAUUUGAUCAAGUUCGUCCCUGAUUCCAAGGAGGAUGCGCUUGCCCACCUCUGCGAGUUCAUUGAGGAUUGCGAGUUCACUAAGCUGGCUGUCCGAAUUCUUCACCUUAUCGGCCUUGAGGGUCCCAAGACCGCUCAGCCUACCAAGUAUAUCCGAUAUAUUUACAACCGAGUGGUUCUUGAGAACGCUAUCGUGCGAGCUGCUGCUGUCACUGCCCUUGCCAAGUUCGGUGUUGGCCAGAAGGACCCUGAGGUUAAGAGCAGUGUCCGUGUCCUCCUCACCCGAUGCUUGGAUGAUGUCGAUGACGAGGUCCGUGAUCGUGCUGCCCUUAACCUGAAGCUCAUGAAUGAGGAGGAUGAUGAGAUGGCAGCUCGAUUCGUCAAGAAUGAGAACAUGUUCUCUCUUCCCUACUUCGAGCAGCAGCUUGUCCUGUACGUCACAUCAGACGACAAGUCAGCUUUCGAUAGUCCCUUCGAUAUUGCCAAGAUUCCUGUGGUUACUCGGGAGCAGGCCGACGCUGAAGACCGAUCCAAGAAGCUGAUUGCCACAGCCCCUACACUCAAGGCUCCCAAGGUUGGCCCCACCAAGCCUACCGGAGCCGAGGCUGUUGCUUCUGCUUCUGCUCAGGCUCAACGGUAUGCCCAGGAGCUGCUCGAGAUCCCGGAGAUGAAGGAGUUCGGCAGUGUCCUCAAGUCUUCGCCUGUUAUCGAGCUCACUGAGGCAGAGACUGAGUACGUUGUCAGCUUGGUCAAGCACAUCUUCAAGGAGCACAUUGUCCUCCAAUAUGAGGUUAAGAACACCUUGCCCGACACUGUCCUUGAGAACGUCUCCGUUGUCGCUACUCCCGUGGACGAGGAGGAGCUCGAGGAGGUCUUCAUCAUCCAGGCUGAGAAGCUUGCGACUGAUGAGCCCGGCAAGGUCUAUGUUGCUUUUAAGAAGGUUGGCGGCGAGGCUUCCCUGCCCAUCUCCACCUUCUCCAACGUCCUCAAGUUCACCAGCAAGGAGAUCGACCCCUCAACAGGCGAGCCCGAGGAUUCCGGUUACGAUGAUGAGUAUGAGGUGGCCGAGUUCGACCUUGCUGGCAGUGACUACGUGAUUCCCACAUUCGCUGGCAACUUCAGCCACAUCUGGGAGCAGGUUGGUGCUUCUGGUGAGGAGGUUACAGAAACCCUCCAAUUGAGCGGUAUGGAGAGCAUUGCGGACGCUACAGAUCAACUUACAAAGGCUUUGUCGCUCCAGCCUCUCGAGGGUACCGAUGUGCCCGUCAACCAGACCACCCACACACUCAAGCUUCUCGGCAAGACAGUUGGUGGAGGUCGGGUGGUUGCCAACGUACGGAUGGCUUACUCAUCAAAAACUGGUGUCACGACAAAGAUCACGGUGCGAAGCGAAGAGGAGAACGUGGCUGCGCUAGUCAUCGCGUCGGUCGCUUAG